AUGGAACUGAUGGCAGCUAUUACAGUCAAGGUGGCUAUCUACGUGUCCUCCUCAGUUGCACAACUGGCUUAUGUGGCAACCUGCCUUGGUUCCGUUGAUGUUAAUCAACUAUUGGACUUGGAGCGAAGUGGAAGCUUCCUGAGCGUGGUUAUCACUGGAUUACUGGAAAGUUGUCAAAAUUAUGUUGUAAGUAAACAGUCAACAUUAACACAUUGGCAUCCUGUCUUAGGAUGGUUUGCGCAACCCACGGACCCUUUGUUACAUGCAGCCAUACCACAUGUAAAAAUCCAACUCCACCUGUUGUGGAAUAAGGAGGUUAUUCAGAUUUUAUUAGGUAAUUUCCUAUCAGAGUUAGUUAUUGUAACAGAAGUUCCUCAAAUUGUGAGUCCUACACAGGGAAGUUUAAGUGGAACAAAUUUUUUCAAGAAAGUUUUAGAAAACCGUGUUAGUAAAAAUUCAGUACAAAAAACUUACAGAGCUCUUGGUAGUCCUGAAGUACACAGAGUGGUUCUUAUUUGUUCCUUAUACCAUACUGCUCUAAACACUUUAACUCAGUUGCAACUAGAUAUAUUAACAGGUUUGUGUUACCAAAAUUCAAUUUUAUAUGAUCUUUGGUCAUUCCUGUGUUCUCUUGGACCAAAUUGUGGAAUUAAAACUUUCUUGGAUCAUUUAGCUACAUGUACAAAGUAUUCAGCACCAGAAUUUCAAAUGCUGCAGUUAUUUGCUAAUUGUAUGUCACAUUAUGUUACCAUACUCGAUGACAUGGAGAUGUAUGAAGAGCAGAACCCAUUCCAACUGCAUGAUUUUGUAGCUAUGUCUAAUUUUAUAAAUAUGUUUCUUUAUAAAGCUAUACUAGGAAACUUAUUUGAUUUCAAAACGAUACAAAACAAUACCCUUUUUCAGUCUUUGCACACAAUUUUAAUGCUUUUGUAUAGAAGAGAUUGUAGGCGGUCAUAUACUCCUGAAGGUCAUUGGAUAAUCAAAGAUUUGAAAGUAUCAGCAUUUAUUGCAGAUUUAGAGAAAGGGCAAAGAGCCCCUCAAAUACUCCUACAAACCAUGCCACAUAUCAUCCCACAUGAGGAUAGAGUAAAAUUGUUUAAAAAAAACAUACACAAUGAAAAGACUGUUCUUGGUUUGACAGAAUCGGCAUGUGCCUCUCCACAAUCUACUUUAAUUACCGUUCAUAGAAACCGAAUUGUUGAAGAUGGUUAUAGGCAAUUAGCUCUUUUGCCAACCCAAGCAUUGAAAGGAGUUAUAAGAGUAAGAUUUAUCAAUGAACAAGGCUUAGAUGAAGCGGGGAUAGAUCAAGAUGGGGUUUUUAAAGAAUUUCUAGAGGAAAGUAUAAAGAGAGUAUUUGAUCCCUCAUUAAAUCUCUUUAAAGCUACUAGUGAAGAACGAUUAUAUCCAUCUCCGACAUCAAUGAUGCAUGAUAAUCAUUUACAACUCUUUGAAUUUGUUGGUCGAAUGUUAGGCAAAGCAGUAUAUGAAGGAAUAGUGGUUGAUGUACCAUUUGCAUCAUUUUUUCUUAGUCAAAUUUCUGGACAAACGGCUCAGGUUCUGUACAGUUGUGUAGAUGAACUACCGUCAUUGGAUCCGGCUCUUUAUCGAAGUUUGAGUUAUGUUAAACAUUAUGAAGGUGAUGUAUCUGAUCUUGAUUUAACUUUUAGUGUUGAUGAAGAUAAUAUGGGGAAAUUGGUAACAUACGAAUUAGUGCCAGGAGGAAAAGCUGUUCAAGUUACCAAUGAGAAUAAGUAA